AUGCGUGAAGACGCCCAAAGGGGUUUCACUCACGAGGACUACACAGUGGGAUGGAUUUGCCCGUUGGAGGUGGAACUGAUUGCUGCGUUGGAGAUGCUUGAUGAAGAGCACGAGGGCCUUCCUCAGCCGCCUAGCGAUCAUAACGUUUACAAUCUUGGUAGUAUCGCCGGGAAGAACGUUGUGAUUGCAGGAUUAUGGAAACCCGGAAACAACGCCGCAGCGACAGUCGUCACCCAGAUGAGAAUGACCUUUCCCCACGUCCGUUUUGGUCUGCUGGUUGGGAUCGGCGGCGGGGUCCCUGGAACCACCGAGCAAGGAGAAAUGCCCGAAGAGGGAAGAAUCCAUCUUGGUGAUGUGGUCGUCAGCAAACCAACUGGUAUACAUUCUGGCGUGAUACAAUACGACCACGGGAAGGCCUAUAACGGACAGUUUGAACGCACGGGAGCUCUGGCGCCCCCUCCUCCGGUCUUGCUCCAGGCCGCCCAAGUCCUGGCAGCAAAAAGAGCAAGAUGGCGACGCGACCCGCUCGCUGAAAACAUUAUGCGAAUUGACACGACUGCCCCAAAGAUGUCACGAUUUCGGUACCCUGGCGCCGACAAGGAUCACCUGUACCCACCCGAGUAUGUGCAUCGGGUGCGUGGGGUUUCUUGCCGUCAAUGUGAAUGUGACACCGAUCAAAGGAUAAUAGACAGUCUUGCAGAGGAGGCAGACAAAGAUGCCCUCCCUCUCAUAGUGGUCCACAGAGGAACAAUUGCCUCAGGAGAACUCGUGAUCAAGGAUGGGGUUGUAAGAGACCGCCUAGCACAGGAGCAUGGCAUAUUGUGUUUUGAGAUGGAGGCUGCGGGUGCACUGGCUGAUUUCCCUUGUCUGGCAAUCCGGGGAGUGUCCGACUAUUGCGACUCGCAUAAGAACGAUGACUGGCAUGGAUAUGCAGCGGCAGCGGCAGCGGCCUAUGCUAGAGAGCUUCUUUCCCACCUCCCAAUUGACCAAGUGACAAGAUUGGCAUAUGUCCCAAAUCUUGAGAAACUUGUCAAUUUUGUCGAUGACCAUGAGCGCCAGGAUAUACUGGAGUUUAUCUCAACUCGGGAUGAAGGGGCUGUCCAGGCCGACACAUUGAAACAAAGGCAUAAGGGCUCUGGGCGAUACCUAUUGGAAACGGAACAGUUCAGAUCCUGGGUAGAUGGAAGUCAAAUUCUGUUUUGUCCAGGAUUACCCGGGGCAGGAAAGACUGUAAUGACCUCUAUUGUGGUUGACCACCUUCAGCAACAAUUCCUGGACACGCCAGCAGUCGGUAUAGCCUAUUUUUUCUGCAACUUCAGUCAGCAGUCUAUCAUCACGGAGGACACCUUUAUGGCAUGUCUUUUGAAGCAAUUAGUCCAGAGUAUGCCGCAGAUUCCUGGCGCCAUCAGAGAAUAUUUUGCUCGGUACAGAGAGAAUAAGAGACGACGACCGCAGCUCGAUGAUAUAUACCAAUGGGUAAAUCUGGUGGCGAGCCAGUUAUCUCGAAUCUACAUUAUGAUCGAUGCGCUAGACGAAUGCGAGGCAGAAGUUCGUACUAGCAUUUUAUCGCAAAUUUUUGAUCUACAAUCGAAUUGUCGACUUAGUCUCUUUGCCACGUCGAGGCUCGUCCCGGAUAUCACAUCGCAGUUUGAGCAGUACCCGUGGCUGGAAAUUCGGGCUCACCCUGAUGACGUGAAAUCGUACCUCUCGGGCCAAAUCGCCAAACUGCGUCCUUUUGUCAGAAAGGAUGCCAACCUCCGGGAGCUGAUAAUUGAAAGCAUUGCCAAGGCAAUUGAUGGAAUGUUUUUACUGGCUAAGCUUUCCAUCGACUCUCUGAAAAACAAGCCGUCUGUGAAAUCAAUAAAGUCCGCAUUGAAAGGAUUACCGACAGGCUCUAGUGCCUAUAAUCAGGCAUAUCAGGCCACGAUGGAGAGAAUCAAUAGCCAGGAUUCCCAGACUUUUGCUAAAAAGGUGUUGUCAUGGCUGGUAUGUUCGAAAGAGCGUCUUACACUCUCACAGUUGCAGCACGCUCUCGGGGUUGAAAUUGGCUCCUCGGCCUUCGACGAAGAAAACCUGCCAGACAUUGAAUGCCUAAUUUCGGCGUGUGCAG